CAUGGAGGGAGAACCCAAGGCUUCCCCUACGGACCGCUUCCCAACCGCUACAUCGAAAGUUCAGGAAGAGACAGAAAAGCUUAUCCGGACAUUGUUCGAGACUGCCAAACCUCAGCGAUAUACACUCAACCGGAAUGCACAUCUGAACUUUGUCGCCCGCUUCGUCUUUCAAGGGUUCCCUAGGCGCUAUAUGUCGCAAGAUGCAAGCCAGCCAUGGUUGCUGUUUUGGACAUUCCAAUCAUUUCAGACACUCGGAGUGAAGUUUGACGAUGGCAAUCGGACACGUGCAGUUUCAACGGUUCUUCGUUAUCAGCAUCCUCAAGGAGGAUUCUGCGGUGGUCCUGGACAGAAUGCUCAUCUACUUGCUAAUUAUGCUGCCGUGUGCUCGAUAGCCAUUAUGGGUUUCGCUGGUCCCAACGGGGGAUGGGAUCAGAUCGAUCGCGUUAAAAUGUACGAAUGGCUCAUGUCACUCAAACAACCAGACGGCUCCUUUCUUGUUAGUGCGCACGCUGAAGUCGACGUGAGGGGUAUCUAUUGCCUUCUUGUUGUUGCUACACUUCUCGAUAUUAUGACGCCUGAGCUGGUUGAAGGUCUCGACACGUUCUUGGCAAGCUGCCAGACUUACGAAGGGGGUUUUAGCGCUGCUUCUCAACCCUACUUCUCCGCUUCCGACGCUGACACGAAGCCCAAUGGGGAGACUUUACUUACUUACCCUCGGCCACCUCUCGGAGAAGCACAUGGGGGUUACACUUAUUGUGCUUUAGCCGCAUUGGCGCUUCUUGAGCCCAUCAAGAUGGCUGAGACGCCCCAUCAGCCGCUCAGAUCGACGACACGUUGGAUGGGCUUGAAUAUCAAGCGCUUAUAUCGGUGGGCCGCAAGCUUGCAAGGUGCUGAAGUUGAAGGUGGCGGUUUCCGAGGUCGGACGAAUAAACUGGUGGAUGGUUGUUAUAGCUGGUGGGUUGGAGGGCUAUUCCCAAUUUUGGACGAUAUUAUGGGGGAACCCCUGAUGUCGAGGGAUGCUGCAGGGAGAGAUACUACAGUUGAUGAACAUGGCGAAGAUGAGUGGGCUGAUGAUGAUAUCGAAAGUCUUUUUAAUCGGCAAGCACUGCAGAGAUUUAUUCUCAUAUCGUCCCAAGCGGACACGGGCGGUUUGCGCGACAAGCCCAGCAAACCAGCAGAUGCAUACCAUACCUUGUACAACCUUUCCGGUCUUUCAGCCGCCCAGCAUCGUUUACACCGGCCGCCGCAGGAACGUGAAAGAGUUGCCAAAGCAUGGAAGUCUUCUUGGAGUUUACCAAUCAUUAAGCCCAAUGGAAACGCUGUCGAGAGGUUCCCCGAUGAGGUAAGGAGGGAGAUAUUUGUUACAAGCACGUCGUGGGUUGAGGAUGAGCCCGCAUCGCGAUACGUGGGGGGGAAAGUCAAUCGAGUGAAUGCCACUCAUCCAGUCUUUGAUUUGACUAUGACAACCACGAAGGCUUUUAUGGAUCAUUUCUAUGCUCAAGGUAUUUGACGACAGUAAUCAUGUAGGAUGGUAAACUUUUGUAGUUGUACAUAAGGAUUGUAGGGCGUUAAUUGAUUUAUUCCACACUU